AUGCCACUCCUCAAAGCAUCGCGCCCUGCCCUCCAGCAAGCCACAGCUUCUAGCCAAGCCAGGCCCUUUUCUCUCUCGAUCCCAGCCCGGCUCGCAACUGAGUUUCGGUCACAAACUCCACGAGGUUAUCUCGCAGAAAAGGGAUCAUUCCCAUUCCAAGAGCGGGCGACGUCAUACGAGGAGGUGAUCUCACGGAGCACAGCUGCCUCAUCAGCGUCCGAAGUCACCAUGCUGCGCCGCCAGGCCGCUGACCAAAAGCGGAAGAUUGACGUUCUACAGGGGACGAUUUCGGAGCUUAUCGCUGGCGAGAGGAGGCUUUAG